AUGUCUGCCGAAGGCCCCGAAUCCAUCCCCACCUCCGCCGACCCUCGCUCCAAGCGCCCGACCAAGAAACGCGCCCUCACCCCCGGCUCCGCCCAAGCCGCCUCCCUCGACGCCCUCUUCGCCAAACCCGACCAGGAGAUCCGCGUCCCUCCGCCAGCGUCUUCCCUCGAAGGGGGCAGACGGCGGCCCCCGCCCCCAGAGAUUGUUAGCAACGUCCAGGGCUCCAGCGCCGGUGCCGGCUCCGGCGAGUUCCACGUCUACAAGGCGGCCCGAAGGCGAGAGUAUGAGCGGCUGAGGGAGAUGGACGAGGAGGUCAAGAGGGAGCGCGACCAGGUCGAUUUCGAAAAGGGCAAGACGGAGAAGGAUCGCAAGGACGAGGAGAGGACGAGGAAGAACCGCGAGAAGAGGGACAAGGCGAAAGCUCGAAAGGCGAAGAAGGGCAAGGGAGGCGGGGGGAAUGACGAUAACGCAAAGGAUACCGAUGGCAACGGCAGCAAGACAUCAGCGGUGGCUACACCAAAUGGAGGUUCUCAGGAAAACGAAAAAUUGAGCAAGGAUGAAAACGGAACCGAGAGAAAUGGUACUGAGAAACCAGCCUCAGAACCUGUUGGACUUGUCAUCCACGACGAUGACUAA